CCACGAUUUUUGCCAUUUAAACGGUUACGAUUAAUUGUGGCAUUAAUGAUCAAUCGUUCGUUAAUUAUUUACUUGUUCGAACAGAACAAAUUCCUUGAUCAAUUGCGUGUUUAGUUUUAUCAAGUUUGAUGAAAUAUUUGAAAGUUAGUACAGAAUUUCAGGUAUAAUUUGCCGGGAGCAAUCACGACAAUAACGUCAUCUAAAAAGCCAUGGCCUGGAACAUGUUAACGACUUAUCGAGGACAUGCAUACCAGUGAAAUGGUCAUCAAUAUUUUAUAUAAAACUGGACCAACAGACUUAAGGUUUCGUAAAAGUCACUCCUUUGCUGACUAUUUAAAGUCCCUUUCAAUCAGUCUUGGACAUCAGUUCUCUGAGUAAUCUACCAAAGCCAACAUGAAGUUGUUCGUUAUUGCUGCUGUCUUGGCCGUUGCUGCCGCUGCUCCUUCCAGCUACGUCACCCCUGGCUAUGCGCCUUCCAGCUAUGGAUCUUCCGGCUACAAGGACAACAAGUACGGCGGUAUCACCAUCACCAGCCAAUCUGAUGAACGCAACCUCGAUGGAAGCAGCAAAUGGAGCUACGCUGGAUCUGACUACACCACCCGUGAGGAAUCCCAGGUCCAGAAGAAGCUUCAAGGAACCAGCUACGAUUCUUACGGAAAGGCCACCUACGAGGAUGUUAUGGGAAACACCAACAGGGGAUCUUCUUACUGGGUUUCCCCCGAAGGCCAGAAAAUCACUUUGACCUGGACUGCCGAUGAGAACGGAUUCCAGCCCAAGGGUGACCACUUGCCCGUCGCACCCGUCCAUGAAUACGAGCUCCCAGUUGCUCCCGUCCAUGAGUACGAACUCCCCGUUGCCCCAGCUCUUCCCUACUCCCGCACUGGACCAGGCUACACCUCCACCACUUACUCCGGCUCUCGCUACUAAAUUAUUCAAAUGAUAAAUCUAUAUAUUGAACGAUGACGUCAGUCUGUUUUCGUUCAUGCCAUACGAUGUUCUAUCUGCGGUGUGCACAAAUAAAAAGAUUCUACGCAAAACGA